AAUGAAGACGGUUCUUUUCUCUGCAAAAGAAAUCGAUCUGUCCACAGAUACUCGACAUUAAUCGAUUGUUAGAGGUGAUUAGGGGAGCGGUAGAGAGCAGAAGACCUGGGAGAGACUGGAUUUACUAUAGUAUCACUCUUUUUGUGGAGUAAAGCAUGGGGAACCUGAAGAUUCCUGUGGUCUUCAGUGUGAAAUGUCUACUCUUCUCGUUCUGGUGUUUUGCAGCUUCAGAAUUCAGCUUCAGGUCUACAAUGGUGAAGCUGCACGAGGCUGCUACUCUUCCCUGCUACCAGAAAUGCACGGGUUUGGUCACAUGGGUUAAUCAGUAUGACGGCGUGGCUCGGUGUGACCAGACAUCGUGCCAGUCAACAGAAGGUUUUCAGAUGUCCCAUGAUCAGUACCUAAAGGGAGAUCUGUCCCUUACUAUCACUGAAGCUGAUUUCAGGAAGAGGAUGUGGUACACAUGUCGGUGCGAUGGUGAAGACAUCUGUGCAGUGAGUCUCCGAAUUGACCCUUUCAGUUUGCCGGUUUCUGUCCAGGCUGGUCAGUCUCUCAGCCUGGAUCUGCCCGUUCCAGAUAAUGUUGAGGUGACCUUAAACCGGACUGAUGAUGGUGGUUCUAACACCUUCAGUCUCUGCAGGAUUGAGGGACAUAAAGCUCAGUGUAAUCCACUGUAUAAACAGAGAGUGUCGGUCGGCUCCAGACUGCAGCUGAAAGAGGUGAAGAACCAGGAUGGAGGCGUUUACAUCUUAUGGGACAUCAAGAACGAUGAGGCCAUCGGGAUGUACACAGUCACUGUCAAUGGUAGGCCAUCAUUUUACUGUUUGCAUUGUUUAAACACCAGAGGUCGCAAUCCCGCUAGUGCAGGUCGGAGAACCAGUGGGCGUAAGCAAAAGGUGUUGGACAUAUCAAUCAUUUCUGACUGA